UGAAGCGCGGCCUUUGUCGUCUCCAAAUUGGUCGAAGCUCCUCCCGCUAGCCGCUAGGGUAUUUUUCGGUGCUCAUCAUAAUAGCUCUCGGCCCCCCCUCCGUCGUCUCCCGCCGCGCGCUGCUGCUGCUGAAAACCCUAACUGGUGGAGGAAAGGAGGAGAUGGCGACGGUGCCGGGGCAGCUGAUAUGGGAGAUGGUGAAGAAGAACAACUGUUACCUCGUGAAGGAGUUCGGGAGGGGGAGCGCGAGCGUUCAGUUCAGCAAGGAGCCCAACAACCUCUUCAACCUCAACUCCUACAAGCACUCCGGUAUCGCAAAUCAGAAGACAGUCACCAUUCAACCUAUGGGUAAGGAGCAAUCCGUGUUGCUUGCCACGACUAAGACCAAGAAACAGAACAAACCUGCUGCAUUGCUCCACAAAUCUGUGAUGAAGAAGGAGUUCAAUAGGAUGGCCAAGGCGGUGACAAACCAGGUUGCAGAUAAUUAUUACAGGCCUGAUUUGAAGAAUGCUGCCCUAGCAAGGUUGAGUGCUGUGCACAGGAGUCUCAAGGUAGCCAAGUCUGGUGUUAAGAAAAGGAACAGGCAGGCUGUCAAAGUCCGUGGCACGAAAUGAAAUUGAAGAACUUUGAUAGAAAUCCAGCCUGCUUUUUGCCCUUUCCUCCUUGUGCUAUGCAAAUACUAGAUUUGAGUUUUUCCUUUUUAUCUUCUCUUUCCUAUUACGAACAUGGUAAGUAAUGUUUCGUCGAGACAAGAUCUUGCAGAGGGUGCUUAGGGUUUGGUUUGCUUCCAUUUUUUUUGGUUUUAAUAUAUAUCAGCUCUCUCGGGAACUUGCUUC